AAUGGAGGGAUCAAAAUGCCCAUCGGCUUCAGAUUCCAACCCACAGAUGAAGAGCUUGUGGUUCAUUACUUGAAGAGAAAAGCAUUAUGUCUCCCUUUACCUGCUUCUGUCAUUCCCGAGUUCGAUGUUCUCCAGACUGAUCCUUGGAGCUUGCCAGCAGGGGAUUGGAAAGAAAAUAAGUACUUUUUUAGCACCAGAAAAGAUAGUGACAGUACCAAAAAAUGCAAGAGAGUAGAUGGUUCUGGUUACUGGAAGCCCAUAGGCAAAGAGAAACAAAUUUUAGCUUCUGGAACAACCAAUGUAGUAGUUGGGAUGAGAAAAGCUUUCAUCUUCUGUGAAGGCAAGUGUUCUAAUGGGACCGAGAAUCGAUGGCUGGUGCACCAAUAUCGCCUGGUUGACUCUGUUGCAACUCUUGAUUCACCUCAGAUAACCAUUGGAGAUUGGUUAGUUUUCCGACUGUUUCAGGGGAAGAGACACAAAAGAGCUAAAAAACGACUGGUUUCUAACAAGACAACUAGUGCAGUUAACAUGCAUUGUUGGAUCGAUUUUACAGUGGAAGACAGCUCCGUGUCUGGUCCUCCUCAACCUACUUCACCAAGCUCAAACGAGGAAGAAAACAAUCAUAGUGACAGGGAAAGUGGUGGCACGAAUUAUUGCUUCGGUAUCUAAGCUUUUGCAAGUGAAAAGAUGAUCAAAAGUAGAUAAAUACUAUGAAACAAAUGCAUAUGAAAUGGAGAGCAUCCGAGGAAAGAAGGGUUGUGCAGUAAUAUAAUCAUAGCAUAGCAUCGUGUCAAUGGUGAUUGGAGGCACAUGGGGGCUGAUAUUCUACCCUACACGGCUACAUCAGAAGAAUUCAAUGCCCCUGUAAAAUAGGCUUCCAUGUAUCGAAUCUGUGCUACUUUUUUUAGGCUUUUGUAAUUAUUCUCAUUUUUCUUUUGGCUUAAAGUCGAAGAGAUCCUCUUACUAUCUUUUAA